UGGCCCUCCAACUUCACAGCCACUCAGGAGACCCUGUGCAUCUGUAUUGUUUGUAUCUUCUCACAGUCGCAGCCUUCGAUAAAAUGGGUCGACAGAAGAUUUUAUUGGACAAAUUGGCCCGCUUCUUUCAGAUCCGUAACCUGCUGCUCCGCCAGGCCCUGGCAGAGUGCCUUGGGACUUUCAUCCUUGUGAUGUUUGGCUGCGGCUCUGUGGCCCAACUUGUGCUGAGCGGCGGUACCCAUGGCCUGUUCCUCACUGUCAACUUUGCCUUUGGCUUUGCUGCCACCUUAGGUAUCCUGGUCUGUGGCCAGGUAUCAGGUGGGCAUCUGAAUCCUGCUGUGACUUUUUCACUUUGCCUGCUUGGAAGAGAUCGUUGGAGAAAGUUCCCCAUGUUCUUCCUUUUUCAGACAAUUGGAGCAUUUUUUGGAGCUGCUGUGAUCUUUGCAUUGUACUAUGAUGCCUUGUGGGACCAUCCCGCAUCUUUCAAUGUCACUGGCGAAUCUGCUACUGCUGGCAUUUUCGCCACCUACCCUGCAAGACAUCUCACCGUUUUGAAUGGAUUAUUUGAUCAGGUUAUUGGUACGGCAGCCCUCAUAGUUUGCAUUCUGGCAAUUGUGGACCCAUACAAUAACCCCAUCCCCCAGGGACUGGAGGCCUUUACUGUGGGAUUUGUGGUUUUGGUCAUUGGACUGUCCAUGGGCCUCAAUUCUGGUUAUGCUGUCAAUCCUGCCAGAGACUUCGGACCACGUCUUUUCACUGCUUUGGCUGGCUGGGGAAGUGAGGUUUUCACGGCUGGACACGGCUGGUUUCUGGUGCCGCUUUGUGCCCCAUUCAUUGGUGCCAUUAUUGGCACAAUUGUUUAUCAGCUGAUGGUUGGUUUCCAUGUGGAGGGAGAAGUACGCGAUCGGAAAGCGAAAAUUGAAGAGGAGAAUCUACGACUCACCGAUGUCAACACCAACUCCAAAUCUAAUUUCAACGGCAAAGAGGCUAAUUUCUAAAAAGAGGCUCACAAAGACAUGUCUUGAGGGUGUUAGACAGAUGCAGCCAAUGACCCUGAAAUCUACACAUGUAAAUACUUAUAUAAAACAGUUUUAUAAUUCCUACCAGUUAUAGUAUGUUGAGAAACUGUCUUAAUAACUAAUUUUCUUCACAUUAUUGUGCAACUGUAUUAUAUUGUAGAGGAAUUUCUAUGUACAGUACGAGCAGAGACAGCUUCAGAGAUGAAAAUCUUAAUAAAAGUGUCUGAUACACUACAUUUUUACCAGUAUUUUAUACUUUAGCCAUUUUUUGUGCAAAUUGUUCUUUCAUAGUUAUUGUCUUUCAUCUUUCAUUAAGGUUCCUUGUAAAGUUUUUGAAACAGAUGUGUUUUUAUACGGCUGUUAAAUGUCUUUUUGUCCAUGUCCUUUCAAAAGGUCAAUUCAGGAAAACAUCUAGCAAAAUAUCAACUAAUCAAAGUGUGUUUUGGGAGGAAAAUUGUCAAAACAUUACAUAAAAAUACAGAAACAAGUAAACUGUCAUCCACCCCAAGUGUGUUAGCGAUGUUGAGCUGAGGAGACAGACUGCGGUCUUCCUCUUAAAACAACAGUUUCAAGCUGUUGUUCAGAGUAUAGUUCCAGAGUGCAGCCCACUAAGAAAAAAAAACAUUUUUCAAAGAUCCCCAAGUCUUAUUCUGCGUGAGAUGAAAAUAUUUUCAAUAAGAGAUGUUCAGUGUAAGAAACUGUCACUUUUUAAAGAUAUUUUGGUUUGACUUCAAAAUGGAAGUAAUAUUAGGUGUAUGAAUGGAGGACAUUGAGAGAUUCAAGAAAGCUGGUAUUAUUUUUUGCAGUUAAGAGACCAGCAGGAAUAGCCCAAAUUCAUCUUAGAAGAAAAGAGUUGAGGAUUGUACGGUAAUCUUCUGAAAGUAACCGUUAAGCCUCUACAGAAGCUAUUCAGUUUGCUUUAAUGAUGUACAACUAUCAUCAUAUUGUAUGUAUAGAUGACAUUAAACUUUUAGCCAAA